AUGGAACGUAUGGCCAGCCUGGAGCAAAAACUGACAGGGGACGUGGCGGGCCUAAAAAAGAAUAUAGAUCGUGUGACUGAGGUGGUAAACGUCGAUAUCACUCCCAACCACACACAUGACCAUCCAUUUACCGAAGAAAUAAUGGCGCCCCCUCUCCCCGAUAAAUACAGGUCGUCGUUGAUCCCACCGUAUGAUGGGCGAGGAGAUCCCGAUGACCAUUUGGAGAUGUACACAGGGCACAUGCUCUUGCACGGUUAUGCCGAGGAGAUCAUGUGCCGAGCCUUUCGAAACUAUUUGACGGAUUCUGCCCGAAGACGGUUCCGGACGCUGAGGCCAAACUCUAUCUCGAGCUGGGACGAGCUGAAGGAAGUAUUUUCCCUCCAAUUGAUAAGGGUCAAAAAGUACGUCCCCCCAAAGCAAAAUCUGACGAUGAUAUACCAAAAGCCAAACGAGUCACUAAGGGAAUGGCUCGCGAGAUAUCGGGAGGCUGUCGCCGCCACGAUGGAUAUAACAGAUAGAGAGGCCUUGAUGGGGGCCUUGUCUAGCAUGAAGAAAAUUACCACAUUCAAAAGAGAGCUGAACUGGAAACCUUCGUCUAGCUACAGGGAGUUUUUGGCGCGAGCGCAGGGGUACAUCAACGCCGAAGAGGCGGACGCAAACGACCCCGAGCACAGGUCCAACAAGAAUAAAGGAACCGAACAAGGGUCGACGCCUGUGAAACAGGAUGGGAAGAAGCGUCGAGGUGGAGGAAACGGAGACAAGCAGCCCGCCGCGACGACGAGUGCUCCAGAGGCCAAGAAGCCGAGGAAAGAGGAUACCCGUAAGCCUCGACUGUUCUAA